UAGCGGAACCACCAGUCUACGGUCACCUGGGCGGACAGAGCCUCGCGAAGAGUCUCUUCUACUGCUCCCUCCACUUCCACUCUUCCACCUUUCCCAUUCCCGUUGCAGCGAGCGAAACAAAUCAAAAAGAGAGGGGGACAAAAUCUGCCGCUCCCGACGCACCACCUCGCCGGCGACCCCCUGCCGGCGAGCCGACGAGCUCCCGCCGUCCGCGGAUGCUUCCGGGCCCGGCUCGGCGAGGGCCCGGCUGUCCACGCUCGUAGCCAGAUCUGGGUUGUGGUGAACUGGUUGGUGAGCUUCAUUCAUUGCCAGGCGGGAUGGGGCGGAGCUGGUGGCGGUCUCUAGGAUUGUGCUUGCUCGUGGCGGCGUGGGUGGCGGGAGCGGAGGGGGCAGGGGAGGUCGCGGCGGCGCGCCGGCACGCGUACGCGGCGAUGAUGUACAUGGGCACGCCCCGGGACUACGAGUUCUACGUGGCCACGCGCGUCAUGAUGCGGUCGCUGCGCCGGCUCAGCGCCGACGCCGCCCGCGUCGUGAUCGCCUCCCUCGACGUCCCGCCGCGCUGGGUCCAGGCGCUGAAAGAUGAUGGUGUGGAGGUGGUCUCAGUUGAAAACUUGAAGAAUCCAUAUGAGCAACAAGAAAAUUUCAACACGCGAUUCAAGUUGACUUUAAACAAGCUGUAUGCAUGGAGCUUAGUUUCGUAUGAACGAGUAGUUAUGCUUGACUCGGACAACAUUUUCCUCCAGAACACUGAUGAGUUAUUUCAGUGCGGUCAGUUCUGUGCUGUCUUCAUCAAUCCAUGUAUCUUCCAUACAGGCCUCUUUGUACUUCAGCCCUCAAUGGACGUUUUUAAGAACAUGCUACACGAGCUAGCUGUUGGGCGUGAAAACCCAGAUGGUGCAGACCAGGGUUUCCUUGCUAGCUAUUUCCCGGACUUGCUUGAUCAGCCAAUGUUCCAUCCACCAGUUAAUGGUACCAAACUUGAUGGUACUUAUCGCCUCCCUCUAGGCUACCAGAUGGAUGCAUCUUACUAUUAUCUGAAGCUUCGCUGGAGUAUUCCAUGUGGACCAAACAGUGUGAUUACAUUUCCGAGUGCUCCAUGGUUUAAGCCAUGGUAUUGGUGGUCUUGGCCAGUUUUACCUUUGGGGCUCUCUUGGCAUGAACAACGUCGUGAAAACCUAGGGUAUUCAUCGGAGCUACCGGUGGUAUUAAUCCAGGCUCUACUAUACAUUGGAGUCAUUGCAGUGACCCGACUUGCGCGGCCUAGCUUGUCCAAGAUGUGCUACAACAGAAGAAUGGAGAAAAGCAGUCUGUUUUUGCUCUCCCUGCUCAGAGUAGUGGCAGCAUGGUCCAUACUAGCCGCUUACACCUUUCCUUUCUUCGUCAUCCCACGGACCGUGCAUCCGCUGUUUGGCUGGCCUCUGUACCUGCUCGGUUCUUUCUCUCUUUCUUCCAUUGUGAUCAACGUCUUCCUCCUCCACCCACUUUCUGUCCUCAUGACGUGGUUUGGGAUCAUUGGCGCACUCUUUGUUAUGGCUUUCCCUUGGUAUUUAAAUGGUGUUGUCAGGGCCUUGGCAGUGUCCGCAUAUGCGUUCUGCUGCGCACCCUUGAUAUGGGCAUCCUUGGUCAAGACGAUGAGAUCCUUGCAGAUCCUAAUCGAGAGGGAUGCAUUCAGGCUCGGAGAACCUAACCAGAGCGCCGAGUUCACAAAGCUCUACUGAGGUGGGCACAUCAGAUACAUACGAUCACUUCCAUUGUUGUUCACUUUGAAAAGCUAAUCCCCAUUCACGUUGGCAAUUGUGACGGCCAAUUCAGUUGUACAAGUAAAGUGCAGCCUGUGGGGACUAGAGUUGUACCUUCUCAAACUAUGUGUAACCUCUGGAACCCAUGAUUGUUGUGUUAGACGAGUAGGUGAUAUACAGGGGACAAAGGAAGGGUGGGGGGGGGGGGUGGAUUGGUGCGGAACUGCAAAGGAACGGACUAGGAGCAAUUUUUUGUUACUUGAUUUAUUGUUCCUCUAAAAGCCAAUACAUUUUGGCUUGCCUGUAAUUGAUACGAUCAGUUCCAUUACCAAUCAAGAAAAAGGGUUGAAAUUUCACUCA